AUGGAAGUUCCACGCCGGUCUUUGGCUGCGUCUCUCUCUCCUCUCCGGCUGAUCGACGGAAUCCCGCGUCGGAGGAGCUUUAAUUAUAACCAGAUGCCCGAGGAGCCAAUCAAACUCACUGUUCUCAAGCUUGAUGGAUCUUCCUUUGGUCUUGAAGUGUUGAAGACAGCCACAGUAGGGGAGCUCAAGAUGGCUGUAGAAGCUGCCUUCUCUCAUUUAACGAUCACAGGCCCUGGCAAAAUCUCAUGGCCGCAUGUAUGGGGACAAUUCUGCUUAUCCUAUGAAGAUAAAAAAUUGAUUAACGAGGCUGAGUACCUCAUUGAACUGGGCAUUAAAGACGGAGAUCAGCUUCGAUUCAUUCGUCAUAUAUCAAACUACGGCAUCUUGCUGAUGAAGAAGAAGAGCAAGGAACCACGUGUUUCUUCUUUGAAACAACUGAAACUGUUCUCGAUCAAAAACGGAACCUGGAAAAAGAAGGGAAGAGAAGGUCAAGAAGACGGCGUUGACUCAAUCCCUCAGACACAACCAGGCUUUCUAGCGACUGUAUUAGGAGGUUGGCUCUCUUACAAUUCAACGCCAAGUCAUCGAGGGACUAAUCACAGAAACGUGACUGCUUCCACUUCGAGCCACCGCAGACUCUUUGACAAACUCAUGGCAAGGUUUCGUUUCAAGUGUUAUUCAGAGAAAGAUGUCUGGAACAGAAAAAAACUCAUCUCUGAAGCAUGA